AUGGCAUCCUCACCGCUAGCUCCCUCCACCCCCGCCGCGACACCCCGGCGGAUGGCCAUGAAUCGCUCCUUCACCGUUCCUGCGAAGAUCUCGACCACCCCCAAGUCUGCGAGCGGACAGGCAGAGAUUGGGGCGACAGAAGGGGUGGAGACGCUCUAUGUCCAUCCCAACGCCAACAUCAUCAAAUUCACUUCGGCCUCGCGACCCAGCAGCAGCGCGAGCGCCAGCCCUGGACGUCCUGGAUCUUCGCAAGGCACGCAAUCAUGGGCGUCGCCGACAGAGCGCACGAUGGCGGCGGGACCUAUGGAGAUCUAUCGCGUACCCGGGUCUGUCAGCUUCCUACACUCCGGCGCGCUUCUGCACGCCAUCUUACCACGAUCGCAAUGUUGGUGUGUUGAUGGAGUGAGCAAGUUCGCGCUGCGCGUACUGCCAGAUACGUACUACCGGAUCGAACUACCUGGAGAGACGGAGGAUGAUUUACGGGAGGUGGAGAAGCUGAAGGCGACGUUACAAAAGGUCCUGUACUACGAGAGAACACCAUGUCCGUUUUCGAGGUCGUUCAGUGUGGAUUUGCCGGAGGAGCUGGAGAUUAAGAAGACCAGACGGAAGAGCUCGGGGCCAGCAAAGAAGUGGAGACUCGAACGAGCGUCCAGUUGGAAGCCGGAGGGGUGGGUGCCGCCAGCAGAAGGGGAGGACUCGGCGUCCGGUAGUAUGGACGAUGAGACCGAGGAGGAUGGGAGCGAUGAAGGAGAGAAGUCGGAAGCUUCAGAGGCAGCAGAUGACGUGCAGGAUACAGUCAUGAGCACACCGUCAAGACCGAGAAUAGCGGCUGCAUCGAGGUCAGUCACUGCGCCGUCGCAGAUGGCGUUGCAAUCCCCGUCGCCCUCGAAGCUACGAACGAGAGUGGACGUCGACGGGACGGUCGUAGUUGCCAACAAGGAUGCGCAGCCUGAGUCAGUACGGGCGGACAGUCCCACCACGCGGACGUUGCAGGCCAUUCCCACGGACAUGCCGCCUUCUCCUCCUGACUCGAGUGCGGGUGUCGACUAUGUGGACAGACAACCUCAGAGCGAUGGAGGUGCUGAAGAUGAGCGGGACAGAAAUGAAGCCUCAGAACUAUUGGGCGAUGCCACAGCUGAGGAGAGUGUUGUUCUAGAUCAGUCUCUUGCCCCCAUGCCGUCUGCUCCAAUGGAGGGGCGUCAGGACGAUGCAGAAACGUCCACGUCAGACACGGCUAGCCUCCGCGAUGCUCAGACAAAUGCCGCCUUGAAGGAUCAGCCCAGCUCUCAGGAUCGGCCGGUCACGCCAGAGGCGCAGGUAACUCACGACGAUCCAUACGCUGCCAUUCAAGCGCGCAUUCUUGCGCGACGCUCAAUAGGCGGGACAACAGUCUUCCACCCUACCCGGACGUCGCCCACCAGAAAGUCGACCUCGUCGAACUCCUCCACCGCCACCAUCUCGUCGAACAAGUCGGCAGCAUCGCGCCGCUCACACUCUUCUCAGCAGCAAGCCUUCACGACAGCGAUGGUGAAAAAAGCCUGCUCCGUCUUCCUCGGCCCACCCGCGCGUCUGGUGGCAAUCAUGUUGCAGAUUGCGGCACGUUAUGCCGACGCCGCGUUCGGUGCGAACAGUAUGUUCUACGUUGAGAGUCCGAUUGAUUCGCCGCGGAGGGUGCCGGGUAGUUAUCAUUUGGAAGGCGAUGAACUUCAAGAUCUGGACUCAGACUGGGAGGAGGACGACUUUGGGGUGCCGCUGAGGAGUCCGGUGCGCUUGGCUGGACGGGGUGUAGUUGGAAAUAGAGGUGAGGAGGAGAGAGGGUGGGGUGUGGACUGA